CGCACUGUUUGUUUUGGAUGAAAAAUUCACUACUGUUAUCUACUACUUGUGCAUUACUUUAUCAAAGAUAACGUUGAACUGUUUCGAUUCGUCACGUUGUACUUAAUUCAUAGCUAAACAUGUGAUUGCGCAGAUGCGGUUUGGCGCCAUACAGUGUUAAGAUGUUCGAUAAGUUACGACACAAAUUUGCAGAAAAAUACUUAUUAUUCUAUGAAUAUUUCAAAUAUAAUGUCGCAAUCUAUGGAGGCAUUCUCAAACGGGUGGGCGAUUGAUACCACGGCGCCCGUUGACCUCAAGAAUUCUAAAGAUAACGAUUGCAUAUUGUGUUUUACUGGGCAGCGUCUGCCUGCUGCGAGUGCUCACGACUCUCGUGGACUUUAAGUUUUCUACAAUUCGUGCUGGUAGCAGCAUACAUGCAUUAUUCGAACGAGUUCAUGCAAAAAAUGACCAUUGGUUUAAUGUUCCGGAUCAACCCAAUCUACUACUCGGACUAUUCGGAUACGAUUUAGGAUUAUACUUGAAACUAUUUCAACCUAAACUUGCUCUCUGCCAUUGGCUCUACAAUUUCGAGUACUAUAAAUUUGGCGUAUACCCCAAAGACAUAACUUGACGACGAAUUUGGUGUCAAUCAAGAAAUAACUGAUAUUUCAUCAGAAUGGAUAUUGUGGCAAAUUAUCAUCCAGUUCUUAAGGCGUUCCUUGCGGGAUCUUUCUCCGGGACGUUCAGCACCAUACUCUUCCAGCCUUUAGACUUGGUGAAGACCCGGCUUCAGAACCCGAGUCACCAUGUUGUUGCGACGAGUGUCAGCAGCCGAAUUCAACCCGGUAUGAUCACGAUCUUCGCCAACAUAGUUCGCCAAGAGCAUAUAGCUGGACUAUGGCGUGGGAUGGUACCUUCGAUAGCCAGGUGUGUUCCUGGAGUGGGACUCUACUUCUCCUCACUGCACUGGCUGAAGGCUAAACUGGGAAAGACCAAGGGAGACUUGGGACCGAUAGAAGCGAUCAUGUUGGGAGUACUUGCGAGGACCAUGAGCGGCGUUGUCCUCAUACCGAUGACUGUGAUAAAGACCAGAUACGAGUCUGGAGUGUAUAAAUACAAUAGUUUAGGCGGGGCCCUGAAGGCUAUAUACAAAGCUGAAGGCAUCCGCGGCUUGUCCUGUGGACUGGGGCCAACCCUAGCUAGGGAUGCGCCUUUCUCCGGGCUGUAUCUUAUGUUCUACACGCAAACGAAACAAGCCGUUCCUAAAGAAUGGAUGCAAGCUCCUAGUGCGGCGAGUGCGGUACAUUUCACCAGUGGUAUCAUCGCCGGGAUAUUGGCUUCGCUGGCGACGAACCCGGCAGACGUGCUCAAAACUAAAAUGCAACUUUACCCGGACAAGUUCCCGAACGCUUUCAGCGCGGCCAUAUAUGUACAUCAGACAUAUGGAAUACGGGGCUACUUCAAGGGCGCGGUACCAAGGAUGCUUCGCAGAACACUAAUGGCGGCUAUGGCGUGGACUGUUUUUGAAGAAAUCACUCGAACUAUUGGCUUAAAAUGAAAUUGUAUUUAUAUUUAACUGAAAAUCUGCCUUAGUUGUAUGACCACUGUAAGUGGAGAUGCGGUGCUGUAAGCUUUGGUACAAAGUUCCUGUUUUGUUUGUUUUGAAAAAUAGACGCUUUAUUAUAGAUCUUUGUUCAUAUAUUUCAUAGGUUAAUGUGUAUUCUUUUAUAGGUUUUUUUUUUUAUGUAUAGCCAAUAGAUUGGGAACUUGAUAUUAUACUUAAAUAAGUGGAAUAUUUUUUCUAGAAUAGAAUAUACAAGCUUAUUGUUACCGAUAGUAAUAUUAUUAUAAAUAAAAAUUUUGUAGUAAUA